AUAGAAAGCCAUCAACUGAAAGCGGAAAGAAAAAAUAAAUCACUUCCACUGUCGGAGCUUAAAAGUGUGACACAUAGCGGAAGUAAACAACACACCCGCUGUCAGCGCUAGCUUUAUGGAUGUAUUAGCUUGAAGAUGAUAUUGUAGUCGUACCGCAGAUGAUUAUUUAAAUUCUUAUUAAAUAACAAUGUCUUCAGUUGAGUAUUUGAGAGAGUUUAUAAACGAGAGACUAACUGCAGCUGCUGAAGAAAUAUUCGGAGUUUUCCAAAAAACUAUCGUCGAGUAUGAAGAAGAGAUCGACCGUCAGAGGAGACUGUUGGAUAUCGUCUGGAAACCUCAAAUAAAGUUACACAGCAUUGAGCUCCCACAGCAACAUGUCUGUAAGGAGGAGGAGGUUCUCUCUGAGCAGCAUCUCUGUGUUCAGGAGAGGAACUCCAGUGUGGACCAAGAGGAGCCAGAGCCUCCACAGAUUAAAGAGGAAGAGGAGGAACUGUGCACCAGUCAGGAGGGAGAGCAGUUUGUACUGAAGCAGGAGACUGACGCCUUUAUGUUGACUCCUGCUUAUGAGGAAAGUGACCACAGUGACGAUCAUGCUCUGAACUUUAUCACUGAUGAAACUCAGAAUGUGGUGGAGGACAGGCCUCUUAACUACAUUUCAGUUAACAGCUCUGUGGCACCAGAACCAAACAGUGACCACCAGCUCCUCUCUCACAACUGUCAGAGCCCAGAUCAGGACGGAGGAGAACAUGGAGACUCAGGAUCGACUAGAAAUGCUGAGGCAGUGCUACACACUCAACAACACAAUAGCAACAGUCACACUACUAAUGUAACUAGCCCUACUGUGUCUACACCUCAGUGUAGUACUUGCGCAGUUAAAAAGUCUUUCAAAUGUGACACAUGUGAGAAAGCCUUUACGUGUAAAUCAGAUUUGCGUAGACAUCUCUUAAUUCACACAGGUGAGAAGCCGUAUUCAUGCAACACCUGUGGGAAAAGAUUCAAUCAGAAAUCAAUUCUGAAGGCUCAUGCUAGGCUCCACACAGGCGAGAAGCCACAUUCAUGCAACACCUGUGGGAGGAGAUUCUGUCGGGCAUCAGAUUUGAAAGCACACACAAGGAUCCACUCAGGUGAGAAGCCGUUUUCUUGCAAAGUAUGUGGAAAACAUUUCAGAUCUGGCUACAACUUCAAAGUCCACUUGAGAACCCACACAGGUGAGAAGCCGUAUUCUUGCAGCACCUGUGGGAAAAGAUUCUGUCGCCCGACGGUAUUGAAGGCUCACAUGAGAACACACACAGGGGAGAAGCCGUAUUCUUGCAACACCUGUGGGAAAAAAUUCUGUCGGACAUCCGAUUUGAAAAUUCAUACGAGAACACACACAGGGGAGAAGCCGUAUUCUUGCAACACCUGCGGGAAGAAAUUCAAUCAGAUGUCAAUAUUGAAGGCUCAUAUAAGAAUCCACACAGGUGAGAAGCCGUAUUCCUGCAAAACCUGUGGGAAAGAUUUCAGAUCUAGCAGUCAGUUGAUUGGCCACGUGAGAAGAAACCACUAACCUGAUAUUUUUCUCUGUAUUACUGUAUUUAUCGCAAAUAAUGUACUGUACAGUAAAUAAUAAUGCAGCCUUUAAAACCAAGAAAAGACAACAGUUGCGAUAUCCAGUCUCAUAUCACGGAUUGACUGCCCAGCCUUACCCUGAAGUCUAAGGCCUGCAGGUGGGUGUGACUGACAUUAGGGGUGUUUUCACAUGUAGUCCUUUUUAAGCAAAUCAAACUCAGUCCUCUUAAAGUGCACCAAAAAGCGGACCAACAGAAAAGGGACUCAGUUCUUUCUGUGUUCACAUUGUCGUUCCUUUCUGGUCAACUUCACCUAUAAUGGGGCCUCAGUCCUCUUUCUGUUCACACUACAUAUAAUAUCUAUUGAUAUAGUUUUGUUUUUAAUUUGACGUGGCACUGCAGUGUGGUUAUGAAGCCCCUCACUUUCAGGUGAACUUAUAAUUGUAGGAAAACCUUGGUGUGUCUGUGCUGUAGACUGUUGCUGUUUGAUGAAUUCUACACUCAACAUCUGGGGACGUGCAGUAUCUUCCGUGGAUGAAACUACUCCUCAUCCUGUGUUCUUGCAAGCGUUACAGGCCGACAUGGUUUUGUCUGUUUUUUCAGGCGUCCCAGGUCAACAGUAUGUGAUCUAGAGGGCUAAAUAAAAUGGCAAAGAGCAACGUGAACCUGGAGCGCUUUGUGUUGACAAGGCACAGGUUAAGUGAACCGUACUCAGGUGGUCUGAGUAUGGUUCGCUUUAAAGGGGUCUGAGUUCUCUUGGGGUGUUCACAUAUGUGCAAAAAAAUGCUGAGUCUCUGCUCUGAGUCGGUUAGAAAGCUAAAAAGGUCCAAGCGUGAAAACACCCCAAAAAUGAAAGUAGUCAUAGUGAAGAACAUUUCUCUCAGAGUUAUAACAUGCAGGUGUUUUAAUGUUGCAGCUCACCAGCUGGAGGUUAAGUUAAAGUAUGAUGCGAUACUGUUUCAUAGUUUGAUCAGUGGAGAUGCCUCAUAUUGAGUGGUGGAGUGUAACUAUAUACUAGAAUACUGUACUUAUGUAGAACAUUGACUGCGGUGAGGUUAACUUUAAGUUGGAUAUUCAUCACAUUCACUUGGGGUCCAGCGAUGUCAGAUUUUCAAGGUGAUGGCCUCAUCAUGUAGUAGCUAGCUAGUUAACAUUACACGAUUUUCACCCUGAUUUUGCGUCGCGGAGACUAUCAUAAUUUUUUGAGUGUUCAUACCUGGCGACAUGUGUUCCUGUCAUCGGGAGUCUUGGCAACUGCGUUAUGGCCUGUGUGUGCACACCACAAGAUUUCUCCACCGAGCCCUCGCCGACAGAGCCCCAGAUAACGCAAUGACGUCACCAAACUUGGAGACGACACAUUGUAAAGGCAUGGAUAUUCUUCCCAGUGUUGAAUCAGAUCUGCCUCCAGGGCCUGGGUCCAAACACAACGCGCUCCCCGUCAUCCUGUGGACGCCGCCAUUGUUGUUGUUGCUUGCCGGCUUGUCAGUGUUGCCAGAUCUUGGGAGAGAAACAAGCAACCAGGGCUAUGGAAACAAGCCCAAAAGAAGCGACGGAUAUAUAUAGAGGGAAAGGCAACGUUUAGAGAACAAGCCCAAAUAAGCAACUCCACUUUAGAAACAAACCCAAAAAAACGCAACCCGACUACCAGUAUUUGUAAGCGUAUCCCGCCUCUCAUUGGCUGAUGCUCUUUGUCAGUCGUGUCAGACUUCUCCAGUUUUCUAGCAUGCCAGAUAUCCAGUCCCAGUCUCAGACGUGGGGGUGACUUGCUCGUAGGCUUGUUCACACAUGAGGACUCAUCAUGGCAGACUAUCUGCCGACUCAGCUCCGACCCAAGGUGGCUCUCAAGAUCCUCUGCGACGUCAAAAUCGUGGUGAAAAUCGUGUAAUGUGAACUAGGCUUAAGGGACCAUAAAUAUGUUACUGUUUAAAAACUGUUUAUUCAGUAUUCUCAUGCUGACUUGCCCAUAUUAGUGAAAACUAUGAAUAAAAAUAUGCACUACCUUGGUCUGAUGUAGCUCAAUUAUUUUGAUUGUUAAUGUGUAAUUAAUUUAUUUUACAGGAAUAUUUCUAUAUAGAAUAAUGGCCGCUAACAUGUCAUGUGAUCCAGUGCCUCUUAAUCAAUAACAGAGUGUAUCAGGACACUGGAAAAGAGGUACAGUUGACUUUAGGAUAUGAAGACAAAAAUGAGCUGUGCAAUAUGACUGAUGGGACUAUGAUGAACAACAAAAGCCAGUUCAAUUUUCUUUUGGAAUGAAAUACAGUUUAAUCACAUUUUCUUUGAGAGUGGGUGCUCAAUUAAAUGAGAGUAAUUGGUCAUGAAAAGAGUCAUUAGUUUGAGCUCUGCAUGUCAAAUGAAUGCAACUGGAGGAUUAGCAGUAAGUCAUUUUCUUACAGUGUUCUUCAAGAUGUUAAACCACCUGGGCCCAAGUUUACUAUAUGAUUGUGAAUGUCACUGUAAAUGG